CAUAUUCCGCCUGACGCCCCCCACCCCGCCGCCUCCCACGCUGGUCCCCGGAGGCGCACACCGUCGCGACAGCUGCUGGAGCGAAGAACCCCGAGAGGCCACCGAAGCCCCGAGACACGACGCUCAGGACAGGGUACAAGAGGAAGAGAUGAUAGCCACUGGGGGAGUCAUCACCGGUCUGGCGGCCCUGAAGCGGCAGGACUCUGCCAGGUCCCAGCAACAUGUCAAUCUCAGCCCAGCGCCUGCUGCUCAGGACCAGAAACCAGUUCGCAGGCGCCCGCGAGCUGAUGUCGUGGUGGUUCGUGGGAAAAUCCGGCUUUAUUCUCCAUCCGGUUUUUUCCUCAUUCUCGGAGUGCUGGUGUCCAUCAUAGGGAUCGCCAUGGCAGUCCUUGGCUAUUGGCCCCAGAAGGAGCAUUUCAUCGACGCAGAGACCACUCUGUCCACCAAUGAGACACAGGUGGUUCGGAACCAGGGCGGUGUGGUGGUGCGCUUCUUUGAGCGGCAUCUACACUCUGACAAGAUGAAGAUGCUUGGCCCGUUCACCAUGGGCAUCGGCAUCUUCAUUUUCAUCUGUGCCAACGCCAUCCUUCAUGAGAACCGCGACAAAGAAACCAAAAUCAUCCACAUGAGGGAUAUCUACUCCACAGUCAUUGACAUCCACACACUGAGACUCAAGGAGCAGAAGCAGGCCAACGGCCUGUAUGCGGGCUUGCUGGGAGACGCGGAGGUGAAGCAGAACGGCAGCCCAUGUGCAUCCAGGCUGGCAGCCACCACCUUGGCCUCCUUCUCGGGGAUGCGGAACAGCUUUCGUGUGGACAGCUCGGUGGAGGAGGAUGAGCUGAUGGUGAGUGAAAGUAAGACCCUGGGGCACCUCAUGCCGCCUCUGCUAUCUGACAGCGCAGUCUCUGUCUUCGGCCUUUAUCCACCUCCAUCUAAGACCACCGAUGACAAGACCAGCAGCUCCAAGAAGUGUGACACCAAAUCGAUUGUGUCAUCAUCCAUCAGUGCUUUUACGCUGCCUGUGAUCAAACUUAAUAACUGUGUCAUUGAUGAACCCAGUAUAGAUAGCAUCACGGAGGUGGCAGACAACCUCAAAAGCAGGUCCAGGAAUCUUUCAAUGGAUUCUCUGAUGGUCCCAAUGCCCGGCACUGGUGAGUCCUUCCAAGCCUCCAGCACAUUACUCCCAAGGAACAAUUCAGUUGGGGAGUCCCUAUCGAGUCAAUACAAGUCCUCUGUGGCCCUGGGACCCGGUACUGGGCAGCUCUUAUCUCCUGGAGCUGCUAGAAGACAGUUUGGAUCCAAUACAUCCUUACAUUUCCUCUCCUCUCAUUCCAAAUCUCUAGACUUAGACCGGGGGCCCUCCACACUCACAGUGCAGGCAGAACAAAGGAAACACCCCAGUUGGCCUCGGUUGGAUCGAAGUAACAGCAAAGGGUAUAUGAAACUGGAGAACAAAGAGGACCCAAUGGAUCGGUUGCUGGUUCCCCAAACAGCAAUCAAAAAAGACUUUACUAACAAAGAGAAACUUCUUAUGAUAUCAAGAUCCCAUAACAACUUGAGCUUUGAACACGAUGAGUUUUUGAGUAACAACUUGAAGCGGGGAACUUCUGAAACAAGGUUUUAGUGUUUAAUAAUAGAUCAUCUUCCAAGGAGAGAUAUAUACUAUUUUUACCAGUGUUUUCCUUUUAAAGCAUUGGUUGUAAGCCUUUUAAAUUCAAAUGGUAGCGUGUUAGAAAUGGCUGGUUAAUUCUGUAAUGAAGAUGGCUGUAUGUAUGGGUUCCUUUUCCCUGCAAUACUGUAGAUUAUCAUGUGGGAUUCUGUUUUCUCACUCUUUGAAAGCAUGGUUUCUUUUGUUGACACGAAGACAAAAUACCUGCAUUCAUAUUAAGAACUUGACUUUACUUUUAAAUCCAGCGCUGAUUAUCAUCUUCAUAGAAUGAAGUGUCCAGUGUAGAAAGUGUAGGGUACCAAAGUGUGGGCAAGAAGUGUUCCAUUCAGGUCCAAUACUCAAUAGAUGUAUUUAUAAAUAAGGGUGAGUGCAAUCUUAAGAUGUGAACUUUUUGAAUUAUUGUUUUAUAUGGGAUCGCUUGCGUUACUUAAAACGAGAACGAAUUUCUUUUUCAUCUGUUAUGAACCUUCCUCUGAACUCUGUGGGCAGUAUAUCCUUUUUCAACAUCAGUUCUGUUAAAGUGAUAUUUUAAUGAAAAAAAAAAGAAGAUGGCCAAGAGGGCCAUGGUUUAGGGAUAUAUGCCAAAAAGCUAUUAGUUAUAAUGUUAUAACCUCAGAAUCAAAAUUUCUCUGUAAACUGAUUUGAAAAUUGAAUUAACCAAUGUAGUUUGUAGAAUUUCUGUCUUGACACAUGCAGAGAAAAUGCUGCCUAAGGAAGGAAGAUCCUAUUUGCUAGUAUCUAACUUUCUCUAGCCAUCUGUGGUUGUCGAGGGUUCACUCACUCCCAUAGCCUUAUUUUCUCCAUUUUUUUAUUAUUAUUUGGAAAACAGUCAGCUAACUGUGGCAUGUCUUCAUAUCUCUACAUACUACUAGCACUCGAUAAACUGCCUUGUAAUUAACUUUGUGAUGGAAAACCUUAUGCUAUCUCCAAAGACCUUGAUGAAAGUUUUAGGGUUGUCGUUCUCAAAUAUAUUAACUUAUCAGCUCUACUAAGUAUAAUAAAUACUUUAGUAUUUAGUAAAACUAAAGCGGGUUUUAGUUUCAAACAUUUUUCACAUUUUCGAGGAAGGUAAGACAGUGUUAAGAAUUGUUUAGUGGGGUCCUAGCAGGGUGGCUCGGCAGUUAAGAUCAUCUGCUGCUCUUGCAGAGAACCUUGAUUUCAUUCCUAGCACCCACAUGGGUGGCUCACAGUCAUUUGUAACUCCAGUUUCAGGGGAAUCUAACACCUUCUUCUGGCCUCAGUGAGCACCAGGCAUGCGUAUGGUGAACAUAUAUACACAUAGGCACUUAUACACAUAAACUUUUAAAAAAAUUUUAGAUGUCAAAUGGAAUACUCAGGAAAUUUUAAUGGUUUUCCCCAAAGCCUAAACAUUUCUGAAUAUUCCUAUUGCUGUUGCUAGGAAGAGCAAAAAGGGGUACAUUUGUAAGAGUGGUGCCCCAGAAUCCCACCCUGCAUUUACAGAGACGCCUUCUUUCUUGAGAGGUACCCUGCUUCAUAGAACCUCAAGUCUUUGUGUUAUAAUAGACUGAGCUCAAUAUUUUACUAUAAAAACAUUUAGUAAACUUCUGUUAUUCAUAGAAGUGUGUGUUCUUCAUACCUUUGCUAUUAUUUUUAAAUAAAACGUAAU